AACUCUUGCUAUGUUUUUUUUAUGGAAGACCAGAGAACAACUACAGUGGCAUGUGUAAUGGUCGCAUUACAACACAGCACUGGAAGAUAAACAGACAAGAUAUAUUUGAAACAUUCUGAAAAUGUAAUAAUAAGUUGAAAUACCAGGUAACAGUGAUAAUAUUCUAGAACUCUCACAGUACUGCAUGUGAAGUUGCCACGGUGAUGUCAGAAUGUGUUCCUAGGCCAUUGAUCUGUGGUACACUAGCCAACUCUGUCACAAACAGCACAGAUGUCUGUCUCUAUGGCCAUGGAGAAUGUGACUCAUCCCCCACACAACCGUAAAGGGGCCACUGUCAGCUUCCACAACAUCCAGUACAGUGUUCAGGAGAAGAGAGGCCUCUGCUGCACGAAGAGCAACACUAAAAACAUCCUCAUUGACCUUAAUGGGAUUAUGAGGCCUGGCCUCAAUGCCAUUUUAGGAGCUACGGGCAGUGGAAAGUCCUCCUUCUUGGAUGUGCUCGCGGCUAGGAAAGACCCAGCGGGUCUAUCGGGGGAGGUGCUCAUUGACGGGGCCCCACAACCACCCAACUUCAAAUGCCUCUCUGGAUAUGUGGUUCAGGAUGAUGUUGUCAUGGGAACACUGACAGUACGAGAGAACUUCCGUUUCUCUGCGGAGCUUCGGUUACCUACAAGUAUCACCGGGCAGGAGAAAAAAGAGCGGGUGGAGAGACUCAUCGGGGAACUAGGCUUAGAAAAGGUGGCCGACUCACGGGUGGGAACUCAGCUGAUUCGAGGGAUCUCGGGUGGUGAACGGAAGCGCACCAAUAUCGGCAUGGAGCUCCUAAUUGACCCGAGUGUUCUCUUCCUGGACGAACCCACCACAGGCCUCGAUGCAAGCACUGCAAAUUCAGUACUGGCAUUACUUAAAAGGAUGGCCUGUAGUGGUAGAACCAUCAUUCUGUCCAUCCACCAGCCCCGUUUCUCCAUCUUCAGCAAAUUUGACCACCUCACUCUGUUGGUAGGGGGUCGCCAGGUUUACCAUGGCAACGCCAGCAAUGCACUGCAGUACUUCAGCGACAUUGGUUAUGAAUGUGAGCCACACAAUAAUCCUGCAGAUUUUUUCCUUGACGUCAUCAAUGGAGAUGCCACCAAUCAGAGCACUGCAAAAGCCCCAGAGAUAACUCCAGAUGGACAAAACUCAUCGCUGCAGUCAGUAGAGCACCACCUGGUGGAGGAAUACAAGAAGAGCGCAGACUUCCGUCGGACACAACAGGAGCUGCAGAGCAUCAAUCAGGGCAAAGCCACUGGACACUCCUCCAAACGCACCGUCACUUACAACACCCCCUUCUGCCACCAGUUCAAAUGGGUUCUCCGCAGAACCUUCAAGAACCUCAUGCUCAACCCUCAGACAUCCUUCGCUCAGAUCGGAGUAACUGUAUUCUUGGCAUUAAUUGUGGGAGCUAUUUUCUUCGGUGUUAAAGAGGAUCAAAGUGGAAUUCAGAACAGAAUGGGGGCUCUUUUCUUCAUUACAAUCAAUCAGUGUUUCUCCGCACUGUCCUCCGCUGAACUCUUCAUCACAGAGCGUAAACUCUUCAUACACGAGUACAUCAGCGGCUACUACCGUGUGUCCGUCUACUUCUUCAGCAAGAUCUUGUCUGACAUCAUCACACUGCGCACAUUUCCAGCCAUCACAUUCAGCCUUGUGGCCUACUUCAUGAUAGGCUUCAAAGGCACUCCUGAAGCCUUCUUCGUGUUCAUGCUGACGGUUGCAUUGGUGGCAUACACAGCGACUGCAAUGACAAUGGCUAUCUCUGCGGACCAGACUGUUGUUGCUAUUGCCAACAUCUUCAUGACCAUCAGCUUCGUCUUCAUGAUGAUCUUCUCAGGACUGCUGGUUAACCUACCCAGUAUUGUGGAGUGGCUGGCCUGGCUCCAGUAUCUUAGCAUUCCUCGCUAUGCCCUGAGUGCUCUUCAAAUUAAUGAGUUUACAGGAUUGAAAUUUUGUGACCCAGCACUCAAUAUCACCUUGCCACCAGGAUUUGCGUGUACUGGGGAGGAUUUUCUCAAAAAUCAAGGCCUUGAUUUUUCAACUUGGGGACUUUGGCAGAAUCAUGUUGCCCUCACAGUAAUGACUAUAAUAUUCCUGGUUAUUGCCUAUCUGAAACUUCGUUUUAUCAAGAAAUUUACAUAAAAGAGAACAACAGACUCACUUUUAUCUGUACCCACAGACCCACAAACAUUUCUACAAUGCCAAAUAUAUGUGCACUACAUCCUUGGGCAAAAAAAAAAAUUCAAAAAAAUAUGUCAAAACACUGGAUAUAAUGCCAUGGAAUAUAUUUUAAUUCCCGUAACAUGUGACAGAACCUUCUGGAGAUGCUUUUACACAUUCAUUACUGCCCAUAUCAUGUGAUGUUUGGAUUGGAUUAAAGGGAAACUUUAGGAUGUUUCAACCGAGGCCCUAUUUUUCGAUCUCUUUGGGUCUAAAUUUUAACUAAGGACACUUAACGAUCGAAAUCUGUCCAGUAUUGAGUUCGAAUGCUAUUACCGGCAACCACAGAACUGCUACACAAUGUAAUCCCAUGGGGCAAGCAUAGUGCGUGUUUUCCCCACUGACAUGCUCAUAAUGUUAUUAUAAGUGUUUGACAACAUGGAAAGGAUCCGUACAGAGAUACACCUUUGUCUGUUUACCUCAAGAACUGUAAAGAACCUUUCUGUAGUUUAAGUAGUUCAGUUUCAACUUCUGUUCCUGUAUAAUGACUGUAUCAGUUCAAACGGCCGCCAUUCUAACUAAAUACUGGACUGAUUUCGACUGUUUUUGUCCCUAGUAAAAAUUUGGACCCAAAAAGAUGGGAAAAUAGGACCCAGGUUAAAAAAUUCCAAAAGUUUCCCUUUAAAAACCAAAACUGUCAUUAUGUCCUAACAGUAGUCAAUCUGUCAGUCAAUCAAUGACACAGACAAUCUGUAAAAAAAAUCAGGUUACAGUAAUGCACUUUGAACGAGUAAAACUUCCAUGUCCCUCCCCCUCCAUCUCUGGUGCCCUCCAGCCCUCCAGCUACAGACUGUGACUGAAACCCUUUUACCAUCUUAAGUUUGUUGAAAAUCAAAUCAAACAUCAAACAAUUCAGAUGCUCACUGAAGAAAUUGAGCUUGACCCAGGGAGAGCAUGUGUGCACACUACUCCUCCAGACAGACACUCCUCCUGAUUGGGAUUGCUUGUUUUGAUUUGGUUGUGGUGGAAGUUUGCAAAUGGCAUUAUGAACACUAGGUGGAGCCAGAGGAGCCUGAUUCUUUCUCAGAUGAUCUGUUUCAUGUACUACUGUCAGGUCCUAAUCAUAAUGACAGUUAGAGCAAAUAUUACAAAAAGUUAUUUUUGUAAGGAUUCCCUACUGCAGUUUUCAUCAUAACUAUGGCAGCUGAUGCUGCUAUUGUCUUUCAGUAUAAUCUUGAUUUGUAUAGGUUUGUAAUGCAAUUCUGGAUAGCCACUUAAGGAAUAUUUGUAUUUAAUUUUUUAUUUGCACAUCUUAAUAAACCUCACAUUACAUACUUUUAUUUAUGAAGUGUCAAAAUAAGAAACCAAUUAAUGACACUUUUUUGAGUUUAUGAUGUCUGUUUUACAUUUUGCAUCAUGUUUGUGUAUAUUAACUUUCUUCAGAAGGUAACUAUUUGCCUAUAUGAUCCUAUUCCUUUCAGAGGGUUUGUGAUUAUGUGUUGAGGCCAAAGAAAAGCCAUUUUGAUGUGAAAGUCAGUCUUCUGUAGCCCUACCUCAAACAGCAAUUUGUACCCACAAAAGAUUAUUUUUUUUAUUAUGAAAUUGAUUGAUAGUCAAUCAAAUUUGAUUUGCUUUAUAAUUCAUUAAGAAAUACUUUCUGUUGGAUUAUUAAAUAAUUAAUGUGUUAUUGGAUUAUUAAAUUGAUUAUUAAGUUAAUGUUUAGUAAAUGUGACAUACUGUAUAUGAUUUUUAUAUGACUUCAAUUAAACACAACUUUCUCCUAA